UAUUCAUCAAAGAUCCAAGACAACACCUUCCUUUCCAUCCAUCUCUCCUCUCAAUAUUCCAACAAUGGCUUGCAUGUCUAGUACCACUUGCAUGCUUCUCAAACAAAAGAUCAACACCACCCCUCUAAAUCUCUUUGAUUGGACCAAGAACAACAAAUCCAAACCACCUCCCAAGUAUCAUGACACUGUUCACCUCCCUUUCCCUCCAUCUCUCCUCUCAAAAACACACUUAAAAGGUAGAGAGCUGAGAUGCUGCUACAAAGCCAGCAUAGAUGGAUUCAGUGCCACUUCAUUUCACAAACACUGUGACUUCAAAGGUCCUUGUGUGAUAAUAGGAUACACUACAAGCUCCUUCAAGUUUGGAGCAUUCAAUCCUGAAGGUUAUAGGAGCACAGAUGACUACUAUGACACAUUGGAUGCAUUCUUAUUCUAUUGGAGAGAUAGUGAAACUGAUGAUGGAGAUGAGCUAGUUAUAUUGCCUAAGGUUGGAGGGAGUGGUGCUGCAUUGUUUGAUUAUGCGAGAGGAGGACCACAGUUCGGCGCUGAUGGGCUGCUCAUCGGACCACCACUUUCACCGGUGAUGGGAGUGUUUACAGGGCCGGAUGCAAGUUCUGGGGUUGGUGAUCUCCGGCAGGCUAAGUCUAGGUUGGGGUUGUCUUAUGCUAAGAGGGAGGAUGGCAAGGACUCAUUGUUUGGAGAUGAUGGUAGAGCAACUCUUGUCGAAGUUGAGGUAUUUUGUAGUCCUCAAAUAGCAAGCAUGUAUUGAUGGUUGGAGAUUUUGGUUUUAUGGUUGUCUUUUAAAUGAAACAUACAUAGGCUUUGAGUGUAACUUAUCUUGUGUGUACCUUAUAUUUCUAGUGGUAAGUGGAAAAUUUCUUGAGCUA